ACAUUAUAAGUUACAAACAUCAAAAUAAAACUGCAUUUUAUUGAUUUAGGCUGGAAACUUGUGAUUAAAUGAGCAUGAGCAACUCAGACAAAUCUGAGAAGAAGUACAAAGGCAUUCGACGUCGAAAAUGGGGCAAAUGGGUGUCUGAAAUUCGAGUUCCGGGCACGCAAGAUCGACUGUGGUUAGGAUCAUACUCCACGCCGGAGGCUGCAGCAGUAGCUCAUGACACAGCCUUGUAUUGUCUCCGAGGAGCGUCGUCCUCACUGGAUAAUUUCAACUUCCCUUUGAUGUUACCGGCUAGUUCUCGAAUAGGAAUGUCCCCAAGGUCUGUGCAAAGGGUCUCCUCGGAUGCUGGCAUGGCUAUUGAUGCACAAUUUUUAGCCUCGAGUAGUUCUGAUAAUGUGGAGAAAGUUGACCAAAAUGGGAAGGGCUCUUGGCUAGAUGAUCAGUAACAAUUGAGCAUUUCGGUUGAAGAUUAUCUCAGAUGGCCUUCGAUAUGAUUAUGAACAAUAAAAAUAAGUUAGAUUUUUUGUCUUAUUCUACUGUUCAGUUCUAUCUA